AUGAACAAGAAAAAGAAAGGAAACCCACAAAACUUCUCGCACGGCGGGGGGUGGCGACCACCGCCGCAAGCUCCUGAACACGGUAGAUUUUUACCGCAGCAAGCGCGUACGCAAUUUAGGGCGUCAAAGUCGAGAAAUGAUGUUCUUGAGAGGAUCAAUAAAGCGCUGGUCAAAGCUCACCAUGAUAUAAUAGCGGCCGGAGAGAAUGUCUCCACAUUGAAAGUGUCACAGGCGGCUUUAUUGACACUUGAAGUCGAUUCUUGGGAAUCGUUGGGAUUUCGAAUGCAGCAUGUGCCUUAUCUCUACAACCUCACGUAUACGGAAGGAAAGAUCAUUGCGUUCAUCCACUGCUUUGUCGCGGUCAGAAAAGUUACUUCGUUGUAUGAAUUGGAACUGGCUAUUUGCGAGAACGAGGGGAUCGAACAGUUUGAAGAGCUUGAAUUGGGUCCUUUACUGAAGCAUCCACUUGUCAAGCAUUAUUUUUCUUUGAGUGCUGAUGUGACGGAAGUGUUGCAAAUAAAGACUGAAGACAUCAUUUCUUACCUUCAUAAGUUCGUAGACACUCGCGGACGAAAAGAAGUUAAGAUUGAUGAGUUGCUGGAUUACAUUGCUUCCGAGCGAUCUGUCGCUAGCAGGGAAAUGCUGCAAGUGCGCAUUCAAAGUUUGGGGUUGCACAUUGCUCAUGUUAAACGCAUAAAGCGAUCAGAACAAACGUUACUGAAGAGCCUGAAGCCUGCUAAGAAGGGAAGGGCCAAGUUGAUUUCCUCAGAAAAUGAAAUUUUUGUUGGUGAUCACAUGAGAUAUGUGUCGAGUUCAGAGGAAGAGGAAGUUGAAGGUAAUGAUUAUGAAAAUAACCAGGAGAGGUGUGAUGUACUGAGUCAUGCCAAGUGCUCAUUGCAGAAUAUAAAUAGCGGAGACCAAGAAAUUGAAGAAGAGGGACAUCCUGCGGCUAGUGAGAUUUUAAAACAAAGAACAAAUAAUGAACCAUCGAGAAGAAAGAGCAAAUCCGAGACAUCUCACAAAUUGUCUAGGAGAGUUAAAAUGUUCAUUACAACUUGGAAGGAGCAAUGCUUGCAGUAUAAUGCAAAUGAGGUUCUUGAGAUGAUGAUUUAUUCUUACAAGACAAAGAGAAAACACACUGUGAAGUCAUUCUUUGCAACAGAUUGUGGUUUUGCACUGCUCCAACUAGCUGUCACCUCUAUUAAAUGUGGAAUGUGGGAUUCCAUGCUUGAUACUUCCGAAACUUUACACCAACAAGUAGUAGCCAACACAAUCUCAGAGAAUUUUGAUGGUAAUAUGAGCGUAAAAGUUGAUGAACCAGCUGAAAAGGAUGUCCCACUUUUGGACAAGACAACUGUGAAGCAUGAAAAUGGGAUCACAGUGGAAGAUAUAAUGAAAAAAGUUACAGAACACUUUGAACUUGAUGCAGAUAUCCGGGGAUAUAGAAAUCACCCUCGAGAUAAGAUAUGCCUCUUCUUGAGGGAGCUUUACAAGUGUGAGUCUUGGUUAAUCGAGCAUUUUGCAGUUAAGGAUUUCGAGUCACUUGGUUAUGGAGAAUUUCUGAUGUUCUUGGAAAAACAUAUUGACCUACUUCCCCAUGCAUUACAAAAAUGCUUGAUUGGAAUGCCUCGUUUUGGAGAUUCAUCAGCUCAAAAAGAGAAAAAUUUAUCAGAAACUUCAAGGUUGGAGAUCAACAGCUAUGGUAAAGCUGGUAUGCUUGGUGUAGUGACAACAAAAGAUGCAAUCGAAGUCUUAUGCAGGGCGCCGAUGUUGGCCGAUCUAGAAUUGUGGUCGCAUUGGGACCUUGUAUUUGCUCCUUCUCUUGGUCCUCUUCUGCAAUGGCUGUUGAAUGAGGUAAACACAAAGGAAUUUAUGUGCAUGGUAACAAAGGGUGGCAAAGUAAUCCGUUUAGAUCAUUCAGCCACCGUCGAGUCAUUUCGAGAAGUCUUCCUUCGUGGAUCUUCAUUUGAAAUAGCAUCGAAACUAUUAUCUCUGAUUUCAUUGUAUGGGGGUGAAAGAAAUGUCCCAGUAUCUCUACUAAAGUGCCAUGCGCGGCAAGCUUUUGAAAUUCUUCUCAAGAACUUCCAGGAAAUGGAAUUAGAACAGCAUUUCAUUCCACAUGGAAAGAAGUUGGAUAGACAGCAAUCUAACUGCUCUAGUCGUUCCACGGAAACAGGAGCAAUUGCUAAUGAUCUGGUUUCUGUGGCAUCACGGUUCAUACUUGAUUGUCUGGGUUAUUUGCCUAUUGAAUUCUGCAGUUUUGCUGCUGACAUACUGCUUGCUGGAUUGAAAUGUUUUGUCAGAAAUGCUCCUUCUGCCAUCUUGAGUGAAUGUGAGAAAAUAGAGCAACGUCUCAUGCUUCAUGAAGUGGGGAUAUCUCUUAAUGUAGUAGAAUGGAUUGGUGAUUACCAUUUGCUCAAUUCCUCUACAGCUUCUAACCCAUCAAUCUCUUCACAAUCUUCAUCCUUGAAAGCUGCAAGUUCUGGCUUCAGCAUGACUUUAAAUAUGUUAAACAGCUGUUCUUCUGGAGAUAAAAUGAUGAUCUCCAAUCAGGUUAGGACGUAUGCAGAAGAUUGUGUAGGUGCCAAUGAGGUGAGGAACGUUGCUGAGAUUUCUGUGGAUAAUUCGGGUGUUGAUUCUACAAGAAGCUUAUCUAAACUUGAUACAAAUAGUGAUCCAGCCAGAAUAAUUGAAACUAUUCGGCUAGAAGAAUUUGGUUUGGAUCCAAGUCUUUCAGAUAUAGAAACCAGAACGUUGAAGAAGCAACAUGCUAGGUUAGGGAGGGCGCUUCACUGUCUCUCCCACGAAUUGUAUUCUCAAGAUUCACAUUUCAUCUUGGAACUGGUUCAGAAUGCCGAUGAUAAUAUUUAUCCAGGAAAUGUGGUACCUACUCUGGUAUUCAUACUUCAGGAAAAGGGCAUUAUUGUCCUAAAUAAUGAACAAGGCUUUUCUGCUGAGAACAUCAGAGCACUCUGCGAUGUUGGAAAUUCUACAAAGAAAUCACAUUUGGGAUAUAUUGGAAAGAAAGGCAUUGGCUUCAAAUCCGUGUUCCGGGUAACGGAUGCUCCAGAAAUUCAUUCUGGUGGAUUUCACAUUAAGUUUGACAUAACUGAGGGACAGAUUGGUUUUAUUUUGCCAACAGUUGUUCCACCGUGUAAUACUGACUUGUAUGCCAGGCUUGUGUCUGGUGAUGCCGAUCAAGUCAAUAUUCACCUUUGGAACACAUGUAUUGUGCUACCUUUCCAGUCAAAGUCGCUAGAAGUGUGUUCCAUGAAUAACAUUGUAUCAAUGUUUUCUGAUCUUCAUCCAUCUUUGCUACUAUUUCUACGUCGUCUUCAAUGUAUAAAGUUUAAAAACAUGCUUGAUGAUACACUCACUGUUAUGAAAAAAGAAGAAGUUGGUAAUGGCAUUGUUAAGGUUUCUGUUGGGGAGGAGAAAAUGACAUUUUUUGUUGUAUCACAAAAACUGCGGGCUGAUGUUAUUAGACCAGAUGUGCGAACAACAGAAAUUUCCAUAGCAUUUACGCUGCAGGAGACAGAAAAUGGAGAUUAUAUCCCACAUCUAGACCAACAGCCUGUUUUUGCGUUUCUUCCUCUACGAACAUAUGGGUUUAAGUUUAUUCUCCAAGGCGAUUUUGUGUUGCCUUCAUCCAGAGAAGAGGUUGAUGGGGAUAGUCCAUGGAAUCAGUGGUUAAUAUCAGAGUUCCCUGGCUUGUUUGUCGGUGCAGAGAGAUCUUUUUGUGAUCUUCCUUGUUUUAGAGGGAGUCCGGGAAAGGCUGUUUCAGCUUUUAUGAACUUUGUUCCUCUUCUAGGUGACGUGCACGGAUUCUUCUCUAGCCUUCCCCGAAUGAUUAUUUCUAAAUUACGGGUGUCGAACUGCCUUAUUUUGGAAGGUGACGAGAAUGUAUGGGUACCUCCAUGCAAGGUUCUAAGAAGUUGGAGUCAACAAGAUCGUGCUCUUUUACCUGAUAGCUUGCUUCGAGAACACCUUGGCCUCGGAUUCUUGGAUAAGGAUAUAAUUCUAUCAGAUUCAUUAGCAAGGGCUCUCGGUGUGGAGGAGUAUGGUCCCAAAGUUCUACUUCGCAUUAUGUCUUCCUUGUGUUGUUCCAAGAAUGGUAUAAAAUCGAUGGGUUUGAUUUGGCUGUCUUCUUGGCUCAAUGCCAUUUAUGUCAUUUCAUCUCAUUCUUCUGGGAAAACUUCCCUAAACUCUGUUGCUGGAUUAGAUCUCUUAGUAAAUUUGAGGAAAUGUCCGUUUAUUCCUCUUUCAGACGGUACAUAUAGCUCAGUGGAUGAAGGUACAAUAUGGCUACAUUCUGAUGCCUUGAGCACCAGGGUCAUUGAUCAUUAUAGUGAAGAAACCUUUCCAAUUUUGUACGCAAAACUUCGAACUGUGAGUCCUGCUCUUCUUUCUGCGGCAGCUGCAGCUGAAACCUCAUGUUUUGACACAUUUAGCGUGGAGAAUGUUACUAGGAUGCUCUACAGAGUUGGUGUCCAAAGGUUAUCAGCACAUGAUAUUGUAAAGGUGCAUAUCCUACCCGCUAUCUCUGGUGACAGAGAUACAUGGGUGGAGGAUUUGAUGACAGAGUAUCUUUCUUUUGUGAUGUGUCAUCUGCAAUCAAGUUGUCCCAAUUGCUGUACAGAACGGGCAAGCAUCAUGUUAGAAUUACGCAGUAAAGUUCCAAUUUUAACAAAUUAUGGAUACAAACGCCUUAUUGAAGUCCCAAUCCAUUUCAGCAAAGAUUUUGGGAAUACCAUUGACUUGAAUAAGUUGUUAAGUGGCACGGAAGUCAAAUGGCAUGAAGUUGACUCUAUCUAUUUGAACCAUCCAGUCACAAAAUCUGUGUCUGGUGGAAUGCUGAAGUGGAGGUGUUUUUUCAAAGACUUGGGUAUUACCGAUUUUGUGCAUAUUGUUCAAAUAGAGAAGAACAUUGUUGUAUCUGAAGAUACAGGUAAGGUGUUGGAUGGAGAUGUGUUAUCUACAGGAUCAGUUGUCAUAGAUUGGGAAUCUGAAGAGUUGGUUCAUUUACUAGCACAACUGUCGUCAAAGGGUGACCGGGAGAAGUGCAGCUACCUCUUGGAGAUACUUAACACGCUGUGGGAUACUUGCUUCAGUGAUAAGGUCACUGGCUACUGCUGUGAUGUUUCUGGUGAAAGAAAACCUUUCAAGUCCUCACUGAUCAGUAUGCUCCAUAAUUUUCGCUGGAUCAAUUCAAGUAUUGAUAAUGAGCUUCAAUUCCCCAAAGAUGUCUUUCAGGAUUGUGAAGCGGUGCGCUUGAUUCUGGGUGCUAGUGCUCCUUAUGCUGUACCAAAGGUGAGUGAAAAGAUGCUACGUGAUAUAGAGUUCAAAACUCAAGUGAUGUUAGAUGACAUGUUAUCAGUUCUAAAAGUGUGGAGAAGAUCUGCAUCGCCAUUCAAGGCCAGCAUAUUACAAAUGUCCAGAUGGUACUCGAGGAUUUGGAAGGAGAUGGCUACUUCAAAGCUAAAAAUCGUUGAGGAUUUAUGUUCUGGUCCGUUCAUAUUUGUUCCUUGUUUAUCCAGUUCUUCAUCUGAGGAUACUGUACCUGGCUUAUUUAUGUCUGUUAAAGAAGUCCAUUGGCAUGAUUCAAUUGUUUCCAUGAACCAAGCGGAGUUGUUCCAUCCUAAAUGUGAUUCAGAUGUGCCUCAUUAUCCCAUUUGCAAAGCAUUAUGCAGUGUUUAUCCAGACCUCCGUGACUUUUUUGUGAAAGAGUGUGGAGUGAAUGAAAACCCUCCUCUCUGUAGCUACCUAGAUAUUUUGUUGCACUUGUCAACUAUUAUGUUACCAUCACAGGCAGCUAAGGACGUUUUCCAGGUAUUUGUAAGGUGGGCCGAUGGAUUGCAAUCUGGAUCACUGUGUUCAGGGGAUAUUGAGUACUUAAAAGACAGUCUUCUAAGAAAGGAAUAUACGGUGCUUCCCACUGCUCAAGAUAAAUGGGUUUCUUUGCACCCUUCCUUUGGCCUUGUUUGUUGGUGUGAUGAUGAUACAUUACAGGAGGAAUUCAAAAAUUGCAAUAUCGUCUUCCUUUACUUUGGUGAACUAACUGACGAGGAAAAACAGGUCACUAAGGAAAGGAUUUCAACUCUCAUGCAAAGAUUAGGAAUUCCUGCUCUAUCAAAGGUUAUAACUCGUGAGGCAAUAUAUUAUGGGCCGACGGACAAUAGUUUCAUAGCUUCGUUGGUGGAAUGGGCUCUUCCAUAUGCUCUGCGCUACAUUUAUAAUGUGCAUCCAGAUAAUUAUUUACAACUAAAGAAGUCUGGAUUUCAUAUUGGUCUAAGGAUUAUUGUUGUUGAAAAGUUGUUCUACAGGAAUGUUCUAAAGGGAUCUCAUGUCGCAUCUAAGAGACGGGCUGAGUGUAGUUCUCUUCUGCAGGGCGACAUCUUGUAUGCUGCUCGGGAAUCAGAGUAUCACUCUCUAUACAUGGAAUUUUCUCGUCUACUGUAUGGUGGAAAUCCUGAACUGCACUUGGCAAAUUUUCUUCACAUGAUUACAAUCAUGGCAGAAUCUGGUUCCACUGAAGAACAGAUGGAAACUUUUGUUCUGAAUAGCCAAAAGGUUCCAAAACUCCCAGCCGAAGAGUCCGUGUGGUCCAUUUCAACUGUUUCACCGUCAGCAGAGAAUGAUGAAGCAUUAAUGCAGCAUCGUAUGUCCACCACAAUUGAGAAGACAAAUUCCAUGAAGUUUAAAAAGAAAACUGGGAUCAAUUCAAAUUGGCCACCUGUUGGUUGGAAAACUGCACCUCGCUUUAACCUUGCCCAUGUAAAUCUAUCUGAGACACGAGCAGCCUGGAGCCUGCCAACGACUAAGAAUAAUGACUUGGAAGGAACUAGUGCACAAAGAGAUUAUCCCGUUCAUACCGAAUGUACCGUGGAAGGUGAUCAAGUUCAUACAGAAUGUACCGCGGAAGGUGAUCAAGUACCAAGUUCAUCAGCAGCAGAUUCGCUAGAAGCUGAAGCCUUGGAAUAUCUGUCUGAACAUGUGAGCAACAUUGUCUCACCUGAUACGAGCAUGGAUCUUGAUUCUGUAUAUGGAUUGAAUUCUUGUGAGAGAGAACAGCUUUGUUUUGGUACGACAAAUGCAAAGCAGGCAAUGUUGACAGGCAGAAUAGGAGAACUGGUAGCUUUCAAAUACUUUGUGGAAAAAGCUUUUAAGACUUUGGUGAAGUGGGUGAACGAAGUUAACGAGACUGGCCUACCCUAUGACAUUGUCAUAGGAGGUGAAGAGGAGAGUAAAGAAUACAUAGAAGUUAAAGCUACCCAAUAUGCUAAAGACUGGUUUGCUAUAUCAGUGAGAGAGUGGCAAUUUGCAGUUGACAAAGGUGAAUCUUUCAGCAUUGCCCGCAUCGUUUUGACUGAUAAUAAAUUGAAAGCAAUCACAAUAUACAAAAAUCCAGUGAGACUUUGCCAAUUAGGGGAGCUCCAGUUGGGAGUUUUGAUUCCUACACAGAUGGAGUCUUCAAUCAUUUCCUAA